AUGAAGCCCGCCAAUAUUGGCAUCAGCGCCUUGAAGCUGGGGGUUUUUAUCGUCAACCUCACACAAGCAGCCACUGUUUUUCCUCACGAUAUCGACACUUUAGAUGAGGAUCUCCGGCAUCACCCACAACUGCCCUCAAGGAGCGAUGGCAUUCUUGCAGGCCGUGCCGAGGCUCGAGACUUCUUCCUUCGAAUCAUGCCUGUAGGAGCCUCCAUCGUGCGAGGCGACCCGGCUGAGCCCGGCGACACAGACAAGAAUGGGUUCCGGAAGGCUGUACGCGACAAACUGCGUUGGGAUGGAUGGAAAGUAAACAUGGUCGGAAGUCUCUCUGGAGGUACCAUGGCCGACAACAAUGUUGAAGCUAUUCCUGGUGAGCGGAUCGACCAAAUCCAUACCAGACUCCGCACGACUGCUCCCAUUUGGCAGCCAAACCUUUACCUUAUCAAUGCGGGCACGAAUGAUGCCUCUCAAGAUAUGGUUGCCGGUGCGGGAGAGCGCAUGAAGGCCAUGAUCGACACCAUCUUCUCCAUCACUCCUGAUGCUACUGUCAUCCUCUCCACGCUUCUCCACCACAGAGACUUUCAAUCCAGAGUUGUACAGAUCAACGACCAGUACCGCCGCCUCGUCAAGAGCUACCAAGGCGGCGACCUAGAAAAGCCAAUUGCUAAAGUCUUUCUUGCCGAGAUGCAAGAUGACUUUCUCAAGUUCCCACAAGAUUUCCACGAUCCUCUCCAUCCGAAUCGUGGAGGCUUCCGUAAGAUGGCUGCCGUCUGGGUCUGGGCCAUCGACCAAGUCAAUGGACUAAAUUGGCUAAACGCGCCGAAAGCCGCAGGAUUCACAGACGAUGAAGGAAAGACCAUGUGCAAGAAAGAGCCUGGCAGCGAGUUGAACCACCCUCACGGGUCAGAGGUGAAGCUCCUAUUUGCUGGCGACUCCACCAUCCGGGACGAUGGAGUGUACAAGCAAACCUCCCAAGAGCGUGGCGUGGUCUGGAAGAACAAGGUUUCGAAUGAAACCGAGAUGUACUGGGCACAUUUGAUCGACUCUGGUCUCCUGAGGGAACAAGUUCUGGACGAGCUUGUUCUCAUCAACCACGACACUGACAAGAUCGAUAUACAUAUAAACCGAGGAGAUGGCAAGUUUGACGCUGGAAACGGAGAUGGAUUGGAUGACUACAUUUGUAUUGCAUCAGAUGGCACCCCCUUUGUGGCAAUCAACAACUCUACCCGCCAACAAACUGUGCCGUCGUUUGGGGUGGUCUUCAAGUGGCGAGAUCCCAUUGUUGGCUAUGCACAAGAUCGCGUUCGUCUCGGCGAUAUCGACGGGGAUGGUAGGCUUGACUACUGCGUCAUCCGCGACGGCGGCAAUAUUCAUUGCUAUCGAAACGGGGGCCUCGGCAAUGAAGCUGCUUACUGGCAGGAUCUCGGUUCUGGAGGCCCUGUAUUCAGCGCGAAAGACAUGGGAGACAUCCGCGGUAUGCGCUUCGUUGACCUAAACGGCGAUGGCAGAGGCGAUUGGCUCUGGCUCACCACGCAGGGUCAAACGACAACGUGGAUAAACAAGCGUGGUGAGAAACAGGGCAUGAUUCCGUACUGGCAGGAUGCAGGAGUCACCCAUCCUGAUAUUGGCGAGGGUAUUGGCGACGCUCGCGAGAGAGCCAAAUUCGGGCGUGUUUUCAACAAGCGAGAUGGAUUUAGAGACUAUGGGGUGCUCAGGCGAACGAACUGCGAUUCUACUGGGAUCUGUGACGGCACAGUCUCUAUUUGGGAAAAUACCAACGGUGGAAAUGGUGGCCGAUGGCAAAAAGGCGACGGAGCUCGGUGGGGUGACGUGACGGGAACCGGCUUCGACGACUACAUCUGGAUAUCGGCCUUCGGCGAGGUCACUAUCUUCCCAAACAAGGCUCGGGCCAACAGUUUUGACUGGUAUAAGAGUGUCGCAUGGGAUAGCACUACACUGGUCAGGACAGGAAUAACGCGGCGUGCUCUGCACAUAGCUGACUGGAACGGUGAUGGAAAAGCCGACAUUAUCGCAGUCGACCGUGUCUCUGGAGAGCUUACAGUCUGGCUUAGCAUGUCGGAGCCCGGAAAAGUCAGCUUCCAGGAGGCCAAAAAGUACCCAGACACCAAAGAGUUUUGCAAGCUUGGUUGGGGAGUCCUAUACUACGAUACUUCUCACCAUUUUGCGGAUAUUAAUGGCGACGGUAGAGCGGACUACAUUUGUAUUCAACACAACGGCCUCAUGCAUGCUAUGCUCAAUCUUGCUACCGGAACUACAGAUAUCGGACAGAUUAAUUACACCAAGAACCUAGAGCGAGCCGAAUUUCGCUUCGCCGAUGUCAACGGUGACGGGCUGUCGGAUAUCAUUCACUCUGACAGGUUCACUGGUAACACGAGUGUGUUUUACAACGAAGGAAAGGCAGCUCCAGGAGAAUUGAAUGCAGGGAGCCCAUGGAAAUGGGGAAGGCCUGCCAGCGCAUUCAAGGGAACAAGCCGGGGCCCUAACCUCCAAUUUCCAAGCCUUUCGGGGCAGAGACGCGCUGAUAUGGUUGAAAUUAAUCCAAACACAGCUCAUGGCUGGGUCUUCUUCAACACAUGCCCAGCUGGUGGGGACGAUCCAGAGGGUGUCUUGAACCCGAGCUUGCCGCCAUAUACGCCUGGAAAGACACCCGAGGCAGUCUCCGGUUCUUUCUGA